AUGUGGCGUUGUUGUUGCCGAGAGGUGGCCACCGAGACCACUGGAGCGGCUCAGAUCGCUUCGCUCUUGGCUGAUGGGCGGCAGCUGGUCGAACACCACCUGUGGGUUUUACUCUAUGCCCUCGCAGCUCCAGAGGCGGCUGGGCCUGCUCAGCCACCAAGCUAUCAAGAGAUGGCAGCGGCCAGUUGGGAGCAGACACGGAGCAAGGAAGGAGCGACCGACGGGAGUUCACCAAAGACCUCAGAUCCGUCUCAGAAGAGCCAGUGCCAUCGUUUGCUUGCAGCUCUACUACGGCAGGCCCACUUCGAUCCGAGCAACGAGGCCGAACUCCCAGAUGGUGAGGCACCUGGAGGUGCAGGCCUGGCGGAUGCGGACGUGUCGUGCCCCAAGUUCCCGGAGAUGUUGGAGGAGCUCCGAAGCUCAUGGCAAGCAUCAGCGCCCAAAGACAGCGGCCUGCUGGAGCCCUUUGAAGACGCCCGAGCCAGCGAGGCAAGACAGGCCCACUUGGACCUGUGCGGGUUCCUGGACAAGUUCUGCUUUUUCUUGGCGGCCUUGCGCCCCUACCAGCGCUUGGCCUCGGCGGGGGGCGAUGCGGCUUUGUGCUGGCUCCGCCGCGGUCUCGGCCAUUUACUCCAGGAACUGGACAAGAGCAUGGUUCAAAUGCGCCAGGCUCGUUUGGUGCUCCUUCGAACAGCGAAGAGGCAGCUGCAGGACUUGGCGAAGGGGAUCGCGGAUGCCAAGGCCCAAGAGCUUCGAUGGAUGCAGGACUUGCGACACAUCGACGAGCUCCGUUUGGAUGAGCUACAUCAAGCCGUUGCCGCGCGCUGCACGCAGGUGACGUCCCUGACUAGUGCCAUUCGAGAGGUGGAGCUGAAAGCCAAGGCCAAAGAAGGACUGCAGCAGAUUGCAGCAGCUUUCUUGUCCCCAGACUUCCAGGCGCGCUGCUCGUUGGCGCUGCCCGAAAGGCUGGCUUCGGACAUGAGGGAGCUGCUACCUGGCCGCAACGAGAUAUCUGGACUUGUCAAAAGCUCAGGGACGCUUCUGGUGUGCGACCGCAAAAACCGACGGAACUGGCUGCUUUCACAGUCUUGCCGGGCGGGGAGCCUGGGCAAGGCCGAAAGACUCGAUUGUGCUCUAGCAGGGAGAACCAGUUUCAACCGAGAAAGACAGGAAGUUCACCUGUUUCGGCCUGUGAAUGCUUGUUCAUCCAGGGUGUCUUCGGACCAGGCCAGGGUGACAGGCGACGAUCGUUUGAGAUGUGAUCGUUAA